AUGUUGUCAUAUUUUAUUAAUUUUUUGUUUUUUGAAAUUUUGAGUGUGGCUCGCAACGACAUCACUAAUUUAUUCUCAUGUUUGUUUGUUUCUCACUUUACCAAUCUCACUUACAGAUCUUCCUUCUUCUUCCUCUUCCUCUUCUUCUUCCUUAAACCCUACAAGCUUCUACUCUAUUGACAAUUUGAUUCCGAGUUUACAUCGAUAAUGGCGGACCAAACCUCCGAUUCAACAUCUCCCGUGGCUCCUCUCUCCGUAUCUUCUCCUACUGCUACUAAGAAAGAUAAUACCAAUCCUGUUGAUUCGAAGCUCACGGAAUUGAAUGAAUCAAGGGCUGAGUUACUAAACAGGAUCCAGAAUCUGAAACAGGUUUUAACACUUUCAUUCUCAUCUCUGACAUUGUCAUGUUGUUUUAGAACAUCUGUUGUCUUUUUAAAACAAACCAAUCUUUAUAUCUUAUCGUCGCAGGACUUGCAAAGUUGGAGAGGUAAAUUGGACACUCAAGUUAAAGUCUACCGUGAGGAGCUCUCUGGGCUAAAGAAGACUCUGAAUCUUGAAGUUGAGCAGCUUCGUGAGGAAUUCAAAGAUCUGAAAACUACCUUGAAUCAACAGCAAGAUGAUGUUUCCGCUAGCCUGAAAAGCUUAGGCCUACAAGAUUCAAAAGAGCAAAUUGAUAAGAGAAGUGAGGUGACAGAAGAGAAAGUGGAAGCUCUAUCGACUGAUGAUAAUGCCAAAGAAGCAGAACAUUAGAUAAUAUGAAAUUGUUUGUUCUUAUGAUAUUCUCGCCACUACUGUUACCACUACCUUGAGAUUGUACUAGUAUGCUUAAUAUGUAGUUCCGCGGUUUAGUUGAUUCUAAUGAUGCACCAUGACACAAUGGUUUGCUGCAGAUUGAUAUGUCAACAAGUUGAUACAGAACCAACUCGUGUACAGAUCUCAAAACCGAG